AUGACCCAUCGACAGGCCCCGCCGCAGCCGGCCCGGAGCUCGCGGCCCCAGACCGAGAAGGUGUCCAGCUCGGCCUCCAAGAGCAAGGGAACUAAGACACCGACACCGGCUCCGGCACCAGCCCCGGCUUCCAAGUCCGCGAGGCAGACAACUCCCAUCGCUGCACCGAAGCCCGUUCGCCCCGUCUCUUCUCACAAACUUCAGCCUCCUGUGCAGCAGUGGACGGGGAACCCGAGCCCUCCCUCUUACACCAGCUUCAAUGUCCCGCCACCCGCCAGUCCGGUACCGAAAGCCGGCGCCGGCGGCCCUUCAGCACCCCCGAAAGCUCCCUUAUCCGGCCUCGGCCGUGUUGCUGACCUCCGCAGCCCGGGACCCGGCGCCCUCACCAGCUUUCCUCCGCCUCCGCCGACACCGCCGCAGAGAGAGCCCACCGGUUACUUCCCCGCGGGCGCAGGACAGCAACAACAACAACUAUCAUCAGCCCAAACCAAGGCGGCCGCAGCUCGUAUCCCGGCUAGUGCGGCCAAUGGUGUCCUGACACCACCCGAAAAGGCAAGAAGGAUUGGGGGACCUGAGCCGCGGCCUGGCGUGAUCGAUUUUGACAACCUCGAAGAGACGCUCCAGAACCUGCGCUUCGCGCCCUCGCCGAUGCUGUCUACUAUCUACUCCGCCCCGUCAACCCCUCGCGACGAGCUCGCCACGCCAGACUUCACUGCCAGCACCACCACAUCGUGUUUCACGCCUCCCUCUACGAACCCGACGCCUGAACCCGUGACGCCGUUGGAUCUCACCCCUCGAGGACCGCCUCCAGCGCAAAAGCAGCAGCAGCAGCAGCAGCCAAAGAAGGAACUCACAAUGUCGCCCGCGAGACCGCGCGCCAACUCUCGAAGGGCUAGCCCGCCCAGCAGAAAGCGAGGACGCGGCGUCGUCGCCUGCAUCGACAGCCCGGUCACCUUUUGCACGACGUGGUACACGCACCCUACUGCCCCCGACUUCUCCAUCUGCUCAAAGUGCUACGAGGACCAUCUCGUCGGCACCCGCUUCGAGCAUGACUUCAGAGGCAAGAUCUGCGACGAUAACAAGCCGCGGGUCUGCCGGUUCAGCAAGCCCCGCGUCAAGGACCAUCUUCUCCGCAAUACCCUCGCCACGGGACGCAUUGAGGACCUCGUCAGCUUCCUCCUCCAUAGGAGCGCUGUUCCGGACUGCAGGGGCGCCGAUGGAGCCAAGGGAAGCGAAGGCGCUAAGUGGUAUCGUCCAAAGAACAAUGCUGUGCCAAACAUGGUUGUCUGCCAUGCCUGCUUCGAGGACCAUAUCCAGCCGUACCGCUUCGCGGCCAACUUUGAGCAGGCCACGGGACAAGCCACCAACGAUAUCUGGUCCUGCGACCUCUCCACCCGCUAUAUCCAAAACAUUUACAAAGAGGCGGCCGUCAAGGACGACUGGCCCGGCUUCACCAAGGAAGCCCUCGCCAGGAUGAACCUUCCCCCUUGCGCCAAGCGCCAAAAGGUCACCGUCACCUCCCGCAAGUGGUUCACGCCCACGGCCGCGGGCCACGACGGCGUCCUUGUCUGCGCCGCGUGCUACUGCGACUUCGUCGCCGGCACCGGCGAGGAAGGAAAGUGGUGCGACGCCGGCACGAACCUCGCCUCGCGGUACGGCAGCCUCGUCUACUGCGCGCUGGGACACUUCAACAUUGGCAUCGCAAUGUCCUGCGCUACUGAGGCCAAGCAGUACUCCAUCUUCUGGAAGGCUCUCGACGCCGCCUGCAACGAGGAGUUUUGCAGCCCGCAGGGCAUCACGGAUGGGACAUGGUACACGUUCCCCUCCCACCCGGCCGAGUUCGGCAUCUGCGCCGCCUGCGUGGCCAACGUCGCCGAACCCCUCGGCCUGAGCUCCUCUCUCGUGCCAAAGUGUGGCGUAUCUUCCGGCACGACGCUUCUGUGCUGCUUUAACCCCGCGAACCCGCGCUUCGCACCUUACAUGACGAAGCUUCUAGAGUGCCACUUCACGGCCGACACCCAGCCGCUGGAGUCCUACGCCCUCGAGUUCGCCAGCCUGCCCCUCUGCCCGCGCGACGAGGACUUCCGCGACAGGCGAUGGUAUGGAUGGCAGGACUGCACUAUUUGCCCGUCGUGCUACCAUGAGUCCAUCCGCGGCACCACACUGGCGGCCGCCAUGCCGCUCAAGGGCGUCACCGUGGCUGCGAGCCUCAUGUGCGAGAUGUACAGCCCGCGCAUGCGCAACCUCUACGCCCAGGCUUGUGCCCGUAACGACCCGUCCGAGCUGCUCCGGGUCUCCAAGGCCCGUCGGGCCGUCUAUGUCGAGACGGUGCCUACGAUCCGGCAGAUGAUUAUGGAGGCGCAGAUGGCGCUGGGGCAGCAACGCGUAUUGAAUGUUGCGAGCUCGACGAGUCGGGCUAUGGGGCAGGCUAAGGAGGUUGUUAUGCCAAGCCAAGGUGUAUACAGUAUGCCUGGCGUUGGGUUCGGUUUCUCGAACCACUUUGAGGCUCAGGGGGCCUCGUAUAGCAAGCAGGCAAACUCGAUCAUGGCAGAGUAUGGGUCGGGAUCGCGGACGCAUGUUAUCGGGACGUUGGAGAAGAGAUGGAGGGAGGUUGAAUGA